UUAGUUCUGUCAUAAUUAGCUCCUUUGUAGAUAAAUUAGAUUUCCCUGGGAAUCACUUAGCAUGAAUAAUUGUUCCGUUUUCUCUGCACACCAUUGCGUACUUUAAGCAGAUAAUUAAUGCAGCUGUCACAAUUAAUUAGACAUUUAUAAUAAGUGAUUGAAGUUAGUCAGCUCAGUUACUGAGCGUUUACCCAUGCAUGAAGGAGAUAGAUAAGCAUCGCUUUGAUUUUCUCAUUGGGUUCUCAAAUGACAGCCAUCACUGUUUAUGAGCGAUUUUAAUGUUUAUUUGGGUCUCGAACACAUCCGGCCGCUCAGUUCAACCAAUGUUGCGAGCAAACUGUGCAGGCGGCUGAUUCUGCUCCUUGACCUCUCAUAACAUUUAUGCAGUUUUGUUUUUCCUAUUAAAAAACGUUUACAUGCAAAUACUGACUAGUUAUUUUUAUCCCGUCGCCCACUUCAGGCGUAAUGGAAAGAAGCUCUGUAUCGAAACCCCCAAUAAGGAACUCUGCUAGGCCAAUAUUAACUUCCUAAUUACGCUUAUAGAAGUGAUGCAAGUUGCCAACAAAUAUUUAAAACCUUAGUUAUUGGGCUUGGUAGUGUUUCCUUUUCGGAUUAAACGAACUGUCAUUACCUCAUUAGCCGAAUGACAAGUUUAAGAGCUUUGCCUAAAUCAUAUGAAAACCACCGGUUUACAAAGUGUGACAUGCAUGCCAUCGUGCACACGCUAGGUGGCAGUGUGGAAUGCUGAAGAACCUACAGUAUCUUUAAUUAAGAAACUUGAUCCUCGUGUAACUGCUCUUAUAUCGUCUUUAAGCCAUGUAUUCGUUACUUGAAACCACUUUUCCUGGUGAGGAUUUUGGUGCAUUUAGUUACAUGUUUCACUGAAGUAUUUCCAUCUAUUUAAAUGGCAAAUGUUGAAGGGAAAGUGGUUCAUAUACAGUGGCUCAGUGGGUAGCACUGUCGCAGCACACAUCUGGGGUUGGGUGUGAGGAAUCCCGCCUCUGUCCAGGUCAUGUGAUCACCCCACAUCGUCUGGAUUUCCUCCGUGGUCUCCGGUUUCCUGCCGUAGUCCAAAGACAUGCACUUCAGCUAAUUAGUGUAUUUAACUUUCUCUUAGUGUGUGUGACUGUGUAUGCAGGUGCCCUAUGCAGGUCUGGCAUCCCAUUCAGACUAUAUCCAGCUGUGCCCUGUGCUGCCUGGGUCGCCCCCCCCUACUCAGGAUGAUCACUUAGAAGAUUGAUGGAUGUUUUUCAUAUAUAAGUAGGAAGAAAAGUUGUGUUUUUAUGGGUUUGUACUGAUGUGUUGUUAUGGAGUUGCGUUAGACUGAUGCUAUAAGUUUUCUGAAUGUAGUUUGACAGGUCUGUCAUAUGGGAGCAGAAGUCAUUAGUUCCAUCUUGACCAGAGUUCACCUUAUACCAAACACAUUUCAGCUCCAGGAAACAAACCAAGUGUAACACCCCUCCUCUCCCAGCCCAACUUAAUGCCCCCCAAGCUUAGGCCUGGGUCUGGGCUCUGCUACCUUUCUCAGCACCAAGGAGGUGUUUCCUGAACUGUGACACCUCUACCAUAGAUGUUGGGUCAUGGCAAGGUGUAGGUAAAGUUAUGUAAACCAUCUUGGAGGCUGCCACCAUUGUCUCGAUCAUCCCGGGGGAUAUUGGGGUUGUGUAGAUCAUCUACUUCUAGUGUUCAUAGGGAGCUUUCAGUGCCCCUAGUCACCCCGGUGCCGCAUCGGUGGUGUUCUGGCACGCAAUGGCACAGCCGGACAGCAAGGGUCCACACGGAGGGCUGUGAUGCCCGCGCCCCACCGUCCUGGGAGCCGGCGUGCCACUCCCACCUUCUUCAUUGGCUCUGAGGAGGAUGAGCACACGGGCCCGGGGGACAGCGGAAUGAGGACUGACGCGGAGCUGCCAGAGGACAACGAUGAGGGAGACUCUCCUCCCGAGAGGCAAAUCGUGGUGGGGAUCUGCUCCAUGAUGAAGAAGUCCAAAUCCAAGCCCAUGACCCAGAUCCUGGAGCGACUCUGCAAGUUCGAGUACAUCACGGUGGUCAUCUUCCCCGAGGAGGUGAUCCUGAGCGAGCCGGUGGAGCAGUGGCCCCUCUGCGACUGUCUCAUCUCCUUCCACUCCAAAGGGUUUCCUCUAGACAAGGCAGUGAGUUACGCCAAGCUGAGAAAUCCACUUCUUAUCAAUGACUUGAACAUGCAGUAUUUCAUACAAGACAGGAGGGAGGUGUAUCGGAUCUUGAGGGAGGAGGGCAUCGACUUGCCUCGUUACGCUGUGCUGAACCGGGACCCCGACAGACCAGAGGAGUGCAACCUGGUGGAGGGUGAGGACCACGUGGAGGUCAACGGAGAGGUCUUCCAGAAACCCUUUGUGGAAAAGCCCGUCUGUGCUGAAGACCACAAUGUGUACAUCUACUACCCUACCUCUGCUGGCGGGGGUAGCCAGCGCCUCUUCCGGAAGAUUGGCAGCCGCAGCAGUGUGUACUCGCCCGAGAGCAGCGUCCGCAAGACAGGAUCUUACAUCUACGAAGAGUUCAUGCCCACCGAUGGCACAGAUGUCAAGGUGUACACAGUGAGCCCUGACUAUGCCCACGCUGAGGCACGGAAGUCACCUGCCCUGGAUGGCAAGGUAGAGCGCGACAGCGAAGGCAAAGAGGUCCGCUACCCCGUGAUGCUGACCGCCAUGGAGAAGUUGGUGGCUCGCAAGGUCUGUCUGGCAUUCAAGCAAACCGUGUGUGGGUUCGAUCUGCUUCGUGCAAAUGGCCACUCCUUUGUCUGUGAUGUCAAUGGCUUCAGCUUCGUGAAGAACUCCAUGAAGUACUAUGACGACUGUGCCAAAAUCCUAGGGAACAUCGUGAUGCGGGAGCUGGCUCCACAGUUUCACAUCCCUUGGUCCAUCCCGACUGAAGCUGAAGACAUUCCCAUCGUUCCCACCACCUCUGGAACCAUGAUGGAGUUGCGCUGUGUGAUCGCGGUAAUACGACACGGCGACCGGACGCCAAAGCAGAAGAUGAAGAUGGAAGUGAGGAACCCAAUGUUCUUUGAUUUGUUCGAGAAAUAUGGAGGUUACAAAACGGGCAAGCUGAAGCUGAAAAAGCCGAAACAGCUGCAGGAGCUGUUGGACAUAGCCCGGCAGCUGCUGGCAGACCUGGGCCAACACAACGACUGUGAGAUUGAGGAGAAGAAGUCAAAACUUGAGCAGCUGAGGACGGUUCUGGAGAUGGAAUCCAGUGUGAAUGACUACCAGUGCGCCCUUCUUACGCCUGUUGUCUUUGACAGGAGUAAAAGGUACGGCCAUUUCUCAGGAAUCAACCGGAAAGUGCAGCUCACCUACCUGCCACAUGGGCAACCGAAAACCUCCAGUGAGGAGGAAGACUGCCGAAAAGAGGACCCCUCUCUGCUGCUGGUGCUGAAGUGGGGCGGUGAGCUGACCCCAGCGGGCCGGGUGCAGGCGGAGGAGCUGGGCAGGGCUUUCCGCUGCAUGUACCCUGGAGGACAAGAUGGUAGUCGCAGGUCCCUGGGUUGUGAGUCCCCUAUUGGCUGUGGGGACUACGCCGGCUUUCCUGGCUGUGGUCUCCUCCGCCUGCACAGCACCUACCGACACGACCUCAAGAUCUACGCCUCCGAUGAGGGAAGGGUUCAGAUGACCGCUGCCGCCUUCGCCAAGGGCCUACUGGCCCUGGAGGGGGAGCUGACGCCCAUCCUGGUGCAGAUGGUGAAGAGCGCCAACAUGAACGGGCUCCUGGACAGCGACAGCGACUCCCUCACCGGCUGCCAGCGCCGCGUGAAGGCCCGUCUGCACGAGAUCAUGCAGCAGGACAAGGACUUCAGCGAGGACGACUUCAACUGGCUUGCCCCGACCAGCAGUCCUUCCUUGGUUAACUCCAUGAAGGUGGUGGGGAACCCCGUGAAGACUUGCGACAAGGUCUACGCCCUUAUCCAGAGCCUGACCUCCCAGAUCCGCAGAAGACUGGAGGACCCCAAAUCUGCAGACCUGCAGCUGUACCACAGUGAGACCCUGGAACUGAUGCUUCAGCGCUGGUCCAAGCUGGAGCGGGACUUCCGGACGAAAAGCGGCCGCUAUGAGAUCAGCAAGAUCCCGGACAUCUACGACUGCGUGAAGUACGACGUGCAGCACAACAGCUCACUGGGCUUGGAGGACAUGCAGGAGCUGUUCUGUUUGUCCCGGGCCCUGGCUGAUAUAAUCAUCCCUCAGGAAUACGGCAUUCACAAAGACGAAAAGCUGGACAUCGCCUAUGCCUACUGCCUCCCGCUGGUGAAGAAGAUCCAGCUGGACCUGCAGAGGACUCACGAGGAUGAGUCGGUCAACAAGCUGCACCCGCUGUAUUCCCGUGGGGUGAUGUCGCCGGGACGGCACGUUCGCACGAGGCUGUACUUCACCAGCGAGAGUCACGUCCAUUCCCUCCUCAGCAUCUUCCGCUACGGAGGCCUGCUUGACGAGGAGAAGGACCAACAGUGGAAGAGGGCCAUGGAUUACCUGAGUGCGGUUUCAGAACUGAACUACAUGACCCAGAUCGUCAUUAUGCUAUAUGAAGACAACAACAAGGACCCCUUCUCUGAGGAACGCUUUCAUGUGGAGCUACACUUCAGUCCCGGAGUUAAGGGCUGCGAGGAUGAAGAGAAUGCCCCAAUGGGCUUCGGUUUCCGCCCUGCCUCUGCUGAGAAGACUGACCCCGGCAGCCUGGAGGACCUGUCGCGCGAUGAGCCGGAUCGUGCCAUGCUGCUCUCCGAACCGGCCGCUGUCCGGAGACGCUCGCCGCUCAUUCGCAACCGCAAGGCCGGCUCUGUGGAGGUGCUUUCGGAUGCCUCCUCCAAGGCUAGCAGCUUCAGGUUCUUCCCCUCCUGCCCCCAGCACCCCCCGGAGAUAAAGCAGAGUGGAUUAGGCCCCCAGUGCACUGGAAUCUUUAGCACCACCGUCCUGGGGGGCUCCUCCAGUGCCCCUGACCUGCGAGACUACGCUUGCACACACUGCAAAAAACUCUUCUCUGGCAACCAGGGCCACGAGGACGGGUUCGAGGGCUGCUCCAUGGUUCCCUCCAUCUAUCCGCUGGAAACGCUGCACAACUCUCUGUCUCUCAAGCAGAUGGACGAGUUCCUGACCGCUGUAUGCAAGAGUGGUGGCUACUCUCACUCCAAAGCCAGCAAAGCGCUGUCAACCAUGUUAGAUUCUCAGAGCCAGCCAGCUGCGGACGCCUACGUCCCCCAGGAAGUACUGUCCUCCUUGGUCUCACUCUGCUGUGAAUCGGACUCCUGUACAGCAGGACCCGGCCAGGCUAAUCCUUAGUGGACCUGGUGGAGGGUCUCUUAGCAGACAGAAGAUCACCUGUCCACAUCAGUAAAGGCCAAAGUACCCGUCCCGUGGAUGGAGAGUCAUUCCGCAGCUAAGGCUUUAACAACAGUUUAGAGCUGGUGCUCUCCAUCACCGUUUGGCCCCCGGUUGUGCUUGCAAGCAGUAGGGGACCCUGCAGCACUCACUCAAGCUUCCCACAUCACCCCAGAGUGGCAAGGAGAAGCCCUGGUUAGCCAAGUCAGUCAUAGCUCAGCCAAGCGCACUAUCGCCUCCAGCUGCGUUUCUCCAGCAGUCUACCAGUCAGUGGUAGCCUGUCACACCAGCCACUGUCAGAUAGGCUUCAAAGACUCAAGAAGCUUCUGGCCCGGUAUGGCUUGGGCCAAGCCAUCCUACAAGUCGUCAGGUUUGUUCUCGGUGUUACUGUGGGGAAGCUGGAGAGAACGGGAAUGCUUUGCUGGACACCUGAUGCAGGAAUUGCGGAGACUGGAGCGAUCCACGUGUGUGUGGCUCAGCGUUGGAGAGCGCAAGGGCAAGGUGAAAGACAGCGACUGUUUCCAAACGCUGUCUGACAUCAAAGCGAAGGAGUGGAAAUAAUCCUCUCCUAGGAGUCCUGAGGGGCUCAGCCAAUUAACACACUUUUCUGUAAUUCAGUAAUUCAUGUGGUGGUUUAAUCCUGGGCUACUCUGUCUGUCAGGGGUUCGAGAAAAUCUUACAGAUCCAAAAUGUGUCAAACAGCUGAUUAAUCCCUCACUGAAGCCAAUAGUGAUUUUGUUUGAUAAUGAAGUACCUGCAUCUUACCUAAGGACUGUGGAACUGAAACAGGUGAAUAUCACCUUAAAGAUGUUCAUGCUGCAUAUCAGGUUCCCCUUGGUUCCUUUGGUACCAUCUCCCAUAAGUGCCUCCCCUGAUACACGGUGCCAGCCAAUUGCCGCAUGCCGGCGAGCCCCCUCUCGUGCUUUCACCCACACUGUGUACAGGGGGCGGUCCAUUGUGGCGAUCCCUUGUCUCUGGGGCCUUUUGCUGAAGAGCAGGGAUUUCAAAUGCUCACAGACUGGAACAAAACUGGCAACUGUUGGUAGGUAAAUC